AGACUUGGUGAACUCAUAAUUCCUUCCUUGAACUCAUUUGACCCUACGCACCAUGUUUCACAUUCUGCUAUCAUCUCUUAUCGUGUGACCCCCAGCGGAGCCAGGUACGCAUCAUUCCACAUCCCCUGGACGAAAACGACACACGGAGAGGGAGACUUCAUCACGGUUUCAAGGAUUGACGAUCCCACAAACCCUUAUGAUGCCCUCGUUCAUCACAUCGCUGCCAAUUCAGUUGUUACUCCCUCCGCACCUCUCCUUGCCUUCGAAACUCAGUCAGGAUGGGCACCAAUGACUCGCGCAUGGUUUCUCACUCGGUGCAACAAUGUCUGGAAGUCAUCAGAAGGUUUGGAGACCCUAUCUGGCCACUGCUUUUGGAUUAGGGGUGCAACAGAACUCUUGCUCAGAGGUACACCUCCCAACAUCGUAGUGGUGCAAGGUUGCUGGAAAUCAAGAUCAUUUUUGGACUACUGGCGUCGAAUUGAAUCUAUUCGCCCUACCUCUAUCGCUAGUUCAAUGCAAGACUCUCGUAUAUCCCUUAUCAAAGCUUCUAUGGACUCUUACGAGCGCAGAUACAAGUAG